UCCAUCUCAAAUGUCAACAAAGACGCCCAAACCCGUGAAUCCGAUAUUAUAUCCGAGGACAGAGAAGUGCGCAACGUGAUGAUCAGGUCUAGUCCAGGUUGCGGCAGGUGACUAACGAGGGCUAUUUUACCACUUCAACUAGGUCGGGCCCAUUGUCCGGAAACGUGUCAAGCCAUAUUUAAACUUGAAAAUCAGUCAUGGCUAAAGCUAAAUCCAUCGGCCAAGCCGAGCUUCGCAGACUCAUGCAAAAAGCUCAGACCUCCUCCUCCUCCUCCUCCUCCUCCUCCUCCUCCUCCUCCUCCUCAACAUCAUUACUGUCUGGCCUGGAAUCCGGAGCCGGGAAAUUCAGCCAUAAAAAAAAGAAAUAUAAACUAAGCUCGCGGGAGCUCCAUCUAUUGGCGGAACAAGAGCGAGAGGCGCAGGAGCUCGAGUCAGACCGCCAUCAACGUCACACCAGCCAAUCCCUGCCACUGUCGCCAUCAAAUGCUCCUUCAGCCCAUCAAUCAGUACCCAAGAAGAGUAUCUUGAAGAAUUCCGGGGCUCCGGGUCACGAUUCUUCCGCCCAGGCUUAUGCUCAAUAUCGGGCUGCCAUGGCCACGACCGCCAUAUCCAAUUCGGCGUCCAUAUUCCCUUCUACCGAAUCGACGGUAGAUGUGACAGCCACCCAAAGCGUCACCUUCAAAAGACCGGCUAAUCCGGCAGGAGCCCCUGAUUUAGCGGCGGCCAAAAUAAGCAAAGUUGAUACUCAAGCCCCCACCAAUGGGGGUGAUAUGAUAUCGAAAGCUGACCCUUCGGAUGAGGCUCUCCCCGAGGGUUUUUUUGAUGACCCCGUCUUGGAUGCCAAGGCACGUCACGUGGAAUAUCGCGAUCCGGGUGAUGAGGAAUGGGAUAAGUUUCAAAAGGAAAUCACGCAAGAAAUCCAAGGGGCUCAAGAUUUGGCGCAAGAGGAUCAACAGGAAGCCACCUCGGAUCGUCAGCUAGACGAGAUUGACGAACAAAUGCGGGCGUGGCAUCGAGUGGCCAUCCUCGAGAAAAAGAUGGACGCCAUCGAGCAAAAAAGGGGGCGAAGUCAAUCCCAUCAUCCCAUGUCAGUCCCACCCCCAAUUGGGAAUGGCCGCACCGACCGAGGCAAUAGUGGCAGUGACGACGACGAAGACGACGAGGACAAUGGUGAAAGCUUGGAUGAUAUUGAUAUAUUUGAUUGGCGAAAGAAAUGUUGAUAAAAGUU